AUGUGUAAAUAUCAGAUUGUGCCUAUAUUUUGCAUGUCACUUUCUUUAGUAUGUACCAAAGAGUGCAACAUUGCAGAUCCAGAAGAUUCAAAAGAAUUCGUUAAGGUAGCUGACUGCAGUAGUAGAGGCUUAAGCGAAGUUCCGCAGACGCUUCCCCGUGACAUAACCGUUCUGAAUCUGAGGAGAAAUAAAUUUCAAAUUAUCAGCAAAUUCUCAUUUAAAAGAUACAGAUUUUUACAAAAAGUAACGCUUGCUGAAAACAAACUUCAUAAAAUUGAGGAUAAUGCAUUCUUUGGAUUAAAUCGAUUAAAUAUUUUGAAUAUGUCGGACAACACUUUGGAUUUGUUAACUGUCUACACACCCAAAAUAUUUUUACCGAUUGAAAAUUUGACCAUUUUAGACAUACAACGGAAUAUACAAGAACAUAACAACGAUGUGUACCGUUACCCUGAUGAAGCAUUUGCUGUUUUAAAAAAAAUAGUAUAUUUGGCUUUAGAUCUGGCUCCCUAUCCAGAUUUUGGACAAGGUUUUAAAAACUUACAAAACCUGAAAUCGUUAAUAUUCGAUCGUUGCUUUUUGAAAUAUCUGCGAGAAAACACAUUUGAAAAUUUUUCUUUAAAUCUAGAAGAAUUAACACUGACUAGAUGUCUUCAUUAUUUUUUACAUGUUGAGGAUAACGCUCUUUCCCCUUUUCCAAAUAUUGCCAAACUAAAUUUUGAAGAAUCAUGCAUGCAUUUAAAACAGGCUUUAAGUAUGCUGUCAUCUUAUAAUGGCAGGACUUUGGACAUAAUUAAUCUAAGAGGUCUCAAUUGUCCAAUGUUUGAUAAUGAAGAAUAUCCGUUUGUGUUAACAAUCAAAAAAGAAAUGAUGAGAUAUUUGAAAACUAUUUGUGUAGAAACUUUAGAUUUAUCCGACAACGGGAUAGUGGAUUUUGAAGAAAACUCGCUAUUGUCAUUUGAUCGACCAGAAUGUUUAAAACAUUUAUACUUUAAAGGAAAUAGAUUUGCAUUUACUAAUGGGAGACAAAUCGAUGAGCUGAAUACAUUUUUUAACAAAUCCAUCGUAUUGCAAACGUUUGACUAUUCCUUUAUUCCAGUGCGAUAUAGGCUGGAAGAAAAUGAUUUUCAUCAUAAUAACGAACAAAAUUAUCCUUCUUCUAACAACGUCAUAUUUUUGCCACGUUCUUUAGAAAAAUUGAUUUUAAGUAAUUUACUAUGCGAUGAUAUCCUAAGAUAUUUCAUGAAUCUUCACGGAAGCAAUUUGACUUACCUUGAUGUGUCUUUUAGUUAUUCAAAUAACAUUGUUCUUUUCGAAGGAAAUGCUUCAUACAAAACUGAAACUUUAGUCUUAGAUGGCCAUUUCCAUGCAGCACUGUACCAAAUAGAGCUAGUAAGUUUCAUUAAUGUGAAAACUUUAUUGUGGAGAAGUGCUAAUUUGCUAUAUGCUAUGUAUCCUUUGGAUAAUAUGUUUUUUAAAAGAUUCAUAGCUUUUUUCAGAAAAUUGAAAAAUCUCGAACAUUUGGAUAUGUCUUCAAACUUACUCUGGAUUUUGCCAGAUGAUUUAUUUCUUGAGUUGGAUCAUCUAUCAGAAUUACAGUUGUCUCAAAAUUUGUUUCAGUCCGUUCCUACUGAGAUCAUUGUUUGUAGUACUAUUAAAACACUUGACCUUCGCAAUAACUUGCUUUCAACAGUAGAUUAUGAUACACGUGUUUGGGCGGAUGCAAUGAACAAAAAAAAUGGUUUGUCCUUAUAUAUUGAUGGCAAUGCAUUUGAAUGUAAAUGUGAUAAUUUGGAUUUUAUCAAGUGGAUACAAGAAACCAAAGUAAAUCUAGACAACAGAUCAUUCAAAUGUACACUUUUAAACGGUACCGUGAUAACUGUACUCGAAGCAUAUGAAAAGAUGCAUGAUUUAUUUUCCCACUGCCGAAAUUCAAUAUGGCUGACAGUUUCUUCAACUUUGUUGGGAACCAGUAUUAUAGGUGCUGUUUUACUAAUAAUUUACAGUAAACGAUGGAAUAUAGCUGUAUUUUUCUACCGCAAAUUCCGAAAAAUAGUUGAAAAAAAAUAUGGUAAAAGUUACACUUAUGACGUUUUCGUUUCAUAUGGCGGGGACUGCAUACCUUGGAUUACAAGUUGUCUUAUUCCAAAAUUAGAGAACGAGUGGAAACUAAAAAUAUGCUUAAAAGAUCGCGACUUUUUACCCGGAAAGUCAUAUUUUGAUACAGAGGCAGAGAGCAUUGAAAGUAGCAGACAUGUUAUAUUUUUACUUACUCCAGAAUUCAAAACCUCACAUGACUGUCUGUUCGAAAUUGAAAGAGUGAAGCAUGAAAUAAGGAUGAAAAACAUAGAAAACAUUAUAGUCAUAUCAAAAGACAUGACUAUAAAAGACAUUCCUGUUGAACUUGCUAAUAUUUGGAAUUAUGUAAUUUUUAUUCAAUGGCCAAAUAACUGUGAUGACCUUGAUGUCACAUGGCAAAUACUGAAGAAGUGGAUUAGCAGUGAUUGGCUUUAGCUAAACAUUUGACACCGAUAUGAGUACGCACAACACUUGACCAAAAAAUAAUUCUCGUUUAUUUCGAUUCUAAUAGGACAAAUACGGUAUUUUUCUAGGUGGAAGCGUGCGAAAAUACCUUAGGAAUGUUUGGCUAUUCCAGUUUCCUCCCCAUGAAUUAUGUACAUUACAUUUUCAUAUUUAAUAAGUUUAA